AUGGCUCGGGUCUUUGGGGCCAUCGUUGCAGCGGCUGCCCUGCUUGGCAGCCGGAGCGAACCCGUCGAGGCAGACUGCAAGGAGACGGAAGGGCCCGGCUUGUCCUUCAUCCAAGCCAAGGCACUCGCAAGGGGAAACAGCACAGCGAAGAAGGAGGCGCUUGAGUACCAUUGGUCCUCUGGCCGCGGCAACUAUCCCAACUACGGCGUGGCCAAACACACGGCGCCCUUCGACCUCGGCGCAAGGUUCGCCUGGAAUUGGUCUGACCCGCUUGGACAGUACUUGACAUUAACGUACGGCACGGCCAUUGACCACCUGAGAAAUGUCUACCUCAGUGCGGCAGAUGGGGUCCGGAAGUUUGAUCCGGAUGGGAACCUCGUGUGGCAGUACUUCUCGCUGCCUGCUGAGAUGAUGGAUGCCCCAUCCCUGCUUGAUGGGAAACUAUAUGGAAGUGACACACAUGGAAACAUCGUCGCCCUGGAUUUGGACGACGGAAAGGUGGUCUGGAAGACCCAAAUCGCACCCAACAUCGGCCAGGACAACGGCUUCACCAUGGCCAAGGAUGGUGUCGUGAUUGCUGCCUGCGAUUGGCGCGAGCCCUCCCCGAUGGGGCAGGCCAACCAGAAGGUCAAAGCCCUGAACGCAACUACUGGCAAGCAGCUCUGGACCUUCUCGCCAGACACUGCGGUUUGGAACUUCGAGCCCCUCUUCGUGGAUCAGGACGAUUUCGUUUUCCAAGACAUGACCGGCAAGGUCUACAGAAUGGACCUGCACACCGGCCACGUGCUGUGGAAGACCGGUGGCAAGGCAGGCACCUGGACCGAUGGCAGCGCGACCGUGGGAAAUGGUAUGGUUUUUGCAGUGAACAACAACCACAAGCCUCCGAACAAUGGUGUGAGCGAAUACAACCCUGGGACGCUGAGUGCUUACAACUUGAGUACCGGCAAGCUUGUCUGGAAGGAGGUGACUCCGCGACCACCCAACAAUGCCCCGGCCGUGGGUAAGUUGAUGAAUCUGGACGGCAUGUCCGUGGUCCAGCCGUUAUGCCAGCAAGUCAUGCAAGGAGCGCACUGUGAUGUUCACGUCUACAGCGCGGACACGGGAGCCUUACAAUGGGUUUUCCAUGGACCCGCGCAAGCAGGCGUUCUGCAGGCCGGAGAUGCCGAGGGCCUCGAAGACCGCCGAUACAUGGGCAUCCGCGACGCGUGCCUGCCAAACGGCUGGAGUGCGCCAACUAUCGACGCCGACGGCACCGUGUUUGUUGGCCACGAAGAUGGACUUUUCUUUGCUCUUCGCGACGCCAACGGCGAUGGUGUGAUCGUCGGCGACAACGAGGUGCAGAACUACAGCACCGGAUCGGCCUUCUCCGGCUCCUCUUCCCCAUCUGUUGGCCCAGGCAUUAUGGCAAUCGCAAACUGCGAUUCGCUUUUCGUGUUCAAGCAGUGA